AUGUUCAGCAAACGCAGCUUCAAGUCGCAAGACCAGAGCCGCGUGGACAAGUCUGCGAGACUAAAGAAGCCGGGCUCUGUCCGGGAUCCUACGAAGCUAUCGAAACUGCAAAGAUCGCUCACUGAGCAAGACCGUAUUGCCCAAAAGUCUACUACGCCCUCGCCCAUUGUGACUCUCACGGUUGGGCGCGAGGGCAGGCUCUUUGCAGCGCACGAGGACGUGCUCCGGCAGUCGCCGUUCUUUGACGCGGCUUGCCGAGGCAACUUCCCCGAUGCGCAGAGCAGGAGGAUCUUUCUCCCCGACGAGGAGCCCGAGGUCUUCUCCGCCAUUCUCGAGUAUCUUUACAAGGGCGACUACUACCCGCGCCUGUUGCACAACAGGUCCCGCAACUCCUGGGAUCUCGAGGACCGUGUGCGGACUCCUCACACGUCACCAAACCCCGAAAUUGGAGGUGGCCGCGCAGGUACGGUUCCCGACGCCACCGUUUUCGUAUACAGCGUGGGGGCCGAUGUCCUCCGCGACACGGUUAUUUACUGUGCCGCGGAGCGAUACGGCCUCGAGGAGCUCAAGCGUCUGGCCUUGCGCAAACAAGGCCUGCAAUCUGGCAUCGAUGUGUCAACCAUCUUGCGGUCCGCCCAGUACGCCUAUGCCCACACGCCCGACUCGGAUAGCCGCCUGCGCGCUCAUUACCUCGCCCUGAUCAUCCGCUGCCGCAAGACGUUCAAGCGGAGCGGGACCAUGCAAGCUGAGAUGGAAGCCGGUGGCAGCAAACUGUUCUUUGACUUGUUUGUGGCCAUGUGCAAUCACCUGGAUGAUGUCAUUGACGUGACGAGCGCGCGCACGCCCAAGACGGUCUGA